AUGAAAGAAUUGGAGACAAGAUCGAGCCAUCUUCAUAACCAGCGAGAGGCGCUCAAGCUCGAAACGAAAACAUUCCGAUCCAAACUUGAAACGACUCAGGUUACGCAGAAUAAACUGCGGGAUACCGUAUGUGAAUCCAAAGACCGUCUCACCAAUACAAUUGCAGAGCACAGAAGCCGCUGGAAAGAUUCCAAUGAUGCCUUCCAAAGUCAUAUGAGGGAUGCGGAGGAAGAGCAUCAGAUAUCUUUUCGCAAGUUGGAGCAGGUCAUUAAUGACGGGCAAAGCUUGUGCAAGAAUCAGAAGAAAUAUCUCGAAUCCAAAAUUUCACUUCUCCAAGAGGAGCUUGGCAACGCUAGCAGCAACUUUAGAGAGUUGACACUCGAAAUUGGUAUCCUCAAGGGCGAUUUUCCCAGAGAACAGGAGACCACUAAAAUUUUGGAGGAACAGCUUGCUGAAAGCAAGAAGCGUGAGAACUUCCUUAAACAACUUGAGGCACGUAUGGUCAACAUCUUUGCAAGAUUAGAGAAGGUUGAUUUAAAGGCAGAGAAGGCCAAAGAAUUGCCGUCUCUGAUUUCGGAGAGGUUGGUUUGCUGUAAUCGUGGAAAGGUGACGCAGGUGGUAACAGUUGCAGGCUGA